GACGCUGCAGUUCUCCCCGAGGUUUACACUUCUUGUUUCUCUUGAUCUAAUCUCACUCACCUUCCACGUUCAAUCCCCUCCCCAUCCCCCCUCCACUUCAUUCCUCUUUUGCUUCCCUUCUUUCCAUUCGGCCUGCAUGCUUCGCUAAGAGGCUACUAGACGUCCCAUUCCUUGUCCCUUCCUUGUCUUUUGCCUCAUAUUGCCAUUGUUAUGAUUACACGACCUUUCUGUUGAAUAAUGUUUCAUUGUUGAAUUGACGACGACAUGCUUCCUUCUCAGUUAAAUGGCUCCCCAAAACGAGCCAACCCUUUCGGUCGCGCCUCACCAUCACCGUCUGCCUCCCCAAACCCGCAGGCAAGAGGGCUGCGCCCCAAGUCUGCCAUCGUUACGUCGCCCAACAGAUUCCAAGAGGCUCGAGGGCACUUUCGGAACGCAUCUUCAGUUUCGCACGCAUCCACUUCUCUAGCUCCUCGACCAGGAGUUCGCCAGAGGUCAGGCUCGUUCAGGAAUGACGCUGCGUCCGGGACAUUUGCGCCGGAGUUCAUCAAGACGGAAGAGCUCCGGCGGGGAGCCGAUCAGAUCCGCGGUCAGGAAGGCGACAAUGACUUCUCCGGAAAUAAAUAUGUCUGGCUACGUGAUCCGGAGAAGGCGUUUGUACGUGGACUGGUAUUGGACGAAAAUGAAGGUGGUCGGUUGCUUGUUCAAACCGACGAUGGAGAGCAACGAGAGGUUGAUGUCGAUCAAGUCGACAAGGUCAACCCGGCCAAGUUCGACAAGGCUGAUGAUAUGGCUGAAUUGACGCAUCUUAAUGAGGCCUCAGUGGUCCACAACCUACAUACCCGAUAUCAAGCCGAUCUCAUUUAUGUGAGUCUUUGAAUGCAAUCGGAUAUUUCAUGUCCACAUCGACUGAGAUCUCAUCUUCUAGACAUACUCGGGUCUGUUCCUCGUCACUAUUAACCCGUAUUGCCCGCUGCCAAUUUACUCCAACGAAUAUGUCAAGAUGUACAAAGGUCGAAGUCGAGAUGAAAACCGGCCUCACAUCUUCGCUAUGGCGGACGAGGCAUUCCGAAAUCUGGUAGAGGAAGGCGAGAACCAAAGCAUCCUGGUGACUGGAG